AUGAAAGAAUACCCUCCUCCCCUACCCUCCCCUCGCCCCGCGGCCCCCUCCCCCGUGACCCCGCGACCCCCGCGCCACCCCUACACCCGUCCCUCUCUCACGCUACACCAAAAAAUCCCUCAUCCUCCUCCGACAUGGAACGGUCGUGUUUUUCUCGCCCCGGGGGUGGUCUCCGGGCUGGUCUCCAUGGCGACGGGGGUCGCGUCGCGAUCUCUGCCCGCCGCCUCCUUCGAUUGCUUCCAAGGUUUUUCUGAUCACUUGCAGUGGAAAGUGGCUGUUAUAUACUUUAAGGGUUGUCACCGCCAGAGUUAUAGCUCCCUUAGAGAUAAAUGUGUGUUUGACUUACACGCCCUAUGUACUCACUGCUCAUCUACAACUUACAACAUACCGAUAUUGUUAAAACAACAUAUUAAACAACAGAUAUUUUAA